CGGAAGCCGACUUGUUACUUUUAGGAGGGUCUUGUGCAGCAGCAAGGAGACAGAGACAGAUGUACACACACGGUCAAAUAGACACGCAGAGACUAAUUUACACCGAGACACAGAGAGACAGAAAUACACACACACACACGUGCACAGGUAAUCAUAGUGAAAUGAGUGUUAGUAACAAGAACCCGACUUAAACCACACACACCUGCCUUUACUCUAGGCACAGCAUCCAGUGCAGAGAGAACCGUGGCAGAGGGAUCAGCUGGGAAGAUCAAAGAAAAGCACAUUCGGUGAAUCAGGAGCAUCGGAAGACCACUUACUGGUGCAAUCCAGUGACUCCCCCUUGACUUUUUAGCAACAUGUCCACCAGCACAAUACGUACUAACUCCAGCCGAGAUCACCUCAAUGCGGGCACCAACGGCUUGGUACCACCUGGUGCGGACCCCCGGCAGCGAAGUAAAAGCCCCCAGAACAAAGUGGUUUUAAAGAAGAAAGUGACGCUGCUGAGAGGCAUAUCGAUUAUAAUCGGGACGAUCAUCGGCGCUGGCAUCUUCAUCUCUCCCAAGGGGAUUCUGAAACACACCGGGACCGUAGGGAUGGCCCUGGUUAUGUGGACUGCGUGCGGUAUACUGUCGCUGUUCGGAGCGCUCUGUUAUGCUGAACUUGGGACAAGUAUAAAGAAAUCAGGUGCCCACUACACCUACAUCCUGGAAGCCUUCGGUCCACUGCCAGCUUUUGUUCGAGUCUGGGUAGAACUGAUUGUCAUACGCCCUGCAGCUACUGCUGUGAUAUCCUUGGCCUUUGGCCAAUAUAUACUGGAGCCAAUUUUUAUGCCAUGUGGAGUCCCAGAAAUUGCCAUCAAGAUGGUCACCACCAUUGGAAUCACUGCGGUAAUGUAUAUUAACAGCAUGAGCGUCAGCUGGACUGCACGGCUACAGAUCUUUCUGACAUUCUGCAAACUUGCUGCCAUAUUAAUAAUCAUCUUCCCUGGAAUGAUGCAUUUAUUCAAAGGAGAAACUCAACAUUUCAAUCAAGCAUUUAAAACAAAAGAAUUUAGCCUUAUGGGAGUUCCUCUUGCUUUUUAUUCCGGAAUGUAUGCAUAUGCAGGAUGGUUUUACAUGAAUUUUGUCACAGAAGAAGUAGAAAAUCCUGAAAAAAAUAUACCUCUUGCUAUCUGCAUAUCAAUGGCAGUUGUCACAGUUGGAUACGUAUUAACAAAUGUGGCCUAUUUUGCCGUAAUGAGUCCUGAGGAGCUUUUGGCCUCUGAAGCAGUAGCUGUGACCUUUGCAGAGCGAUUGAUGGGCAAGUUCUCAAUAGCUGUGCCAAUUUUUGUCGCUCUCUCCUGUUUUGGUUCUAUGAAUGGAGGCAUCUUUGCAGUUGCCAGAAUGUUUUAUGUUGCUUCGCGAGAGGGUCAUCUUCCUGAAAUCCUGUCCAUGAUCCAUGUUCGUAAGCAUACGCCUCUUCCAGCUGUUAUUGUGUUGUACCCUUUAACUAUCCUCAUGCUGUUUAUGAGUGAUAUUUACAGCCUAUUGAACUUCCUGAGCUUUGCCCGAUGGCUCUUCAUUGGACUGGCAGUAACUGGUCUGAUCUACUUGCGGUACAAGCGUCCGGACAUGCCACGGCCAUUUAAGGUGCCUCUGUUUGUCCCAGCUUUCUUUGCUUUCACCUGUCUCUUCAUAGUGGCACUGUCACUCUAUUCUGAUCCCAUCAACACCGGCAUUGGAUUUGUCAUCACCCUGACUGGUAUUCCUGCCUACUAUUUGUUUGUGGUUUGGGACAAAAAGCCAAAGUGCUUCCAAAGGCUGACGAAUUCAAUGGCCAGGACAGCCCAGAUCAUUCUGGAAGUAGUGCCACCAGAAGAACAUGAUGACUGAUUAGCUCCACUGCUGGGACUAGCUGCUGAUUGUUAUGAAUACUGUGAGCCUCAAACUCAAAAUUGACUGAAAGAAAUUCAGACAAAUAUAUUAAAUAUUCAUACGGCAUUAUCUCUCAAUAUAAUUUCAAGACUGUGGCUUAUAAUUUCUUCCUCUCGAUUUUUAUUAAGGCUCGGAAGAGUGGAUGCGUCGGAUUUCUUUCUCUCUCCCCAUUCAUUUACAUCUUCCUAACUGCCCAGCCACAUUUCUGUUCUACUCUCUAGCUUCUCACUGGUGUGUCCUGGGGAUUUUUUUUGCCCUUCCCUCAUCCCUCAGGCUGAAUACAUGUUGCUCUCUACCUCAGCCCUCUUCCAUUUUCAGCCUUAUAGCUUGUAGUUUUCCUUUGUGCUUGCCAAGAGAAAAUAAAGAAACUAAACGCAAAAGAGAAAUGAUAGCAAAGAAACAAAAUGGAGUGGGUGAAAUCAGUGCUUCAGGAAGUGUAGCAGGAAAAUAGACCUGAGUAAAAUGUUGUAGUUGACCACUUUAUAUUCAUGUAUUUUUUGCUAAAUUAAGUGAGGAAAGAAAUGUCUCCCAUGGGACAAUGAGAUAAAUAGUAAAUGCAAAUUAAAUGAAAGAUGAAAUAGGAAUUAUAAUAAAGAGAAGCAAAGUGAGGCAAACAUAGUUUUGAAAUGCAGAAUUGGACUUUCGUGGCGGGGGUGGGAAACAGGUUUUCAUGGAGGCUCCCCCUUAAUUGGCAUGGAGACAGGUUUCCUGUCCAAUUAAGAGUGAUAGGUUGGAUCUUGAAGCAGGAGGGUCAAUCAGAAGUCUUCCAACUUGAGAGGAGCCGCCUGCAAUGAAUUAAGUAACUGAGAGGACACUUCAACAGGGAGAUUUUAAACCUGUAAAUAAAAAAGAACAGAUUCAAUGGCCAGGCCAACACUCUGUGGGAAGCGGGAUUCCUCUAUAGGGCAGCCUAUGGCUGCCCCUGCACCCAAGCUGGCAAAGAGGGCUCCAGGUUUGCCUGGAGCUCUUCAUGGCCUCCUGGCCUGCCGCUGGGUGCUUACCUCCAGGCAGUUAUUCCAGUUGGCCUCUUUUAAUUGUAUUUAACAAGACUCUUAAAGAGCCUAAUUGACUACCCCACUUUGUGGGGGUGGGCAGCCCUGCUGGACCCCAAACCCGCUUCAGCAAAAAUUACAGACAACGGAAACUGGGUCAAGAAACCAGCACGCGGGCUCGUGCUGGUAUCUUCAGGCCCUGUCUACCUCUGCUUCUGCCCUCAGUGGGCCCCCACUACUCAGCCCACAGUGUAUACUGUUUGCAUAUACAUGGGCCUUUUGAGUGGUGAUGAUGCAUUUGGGUACUGAUACAGGGAUUAACCUUGUUGGAAAUUAUUUGGAUCACAUGGAUAGAAUGGCCUCUGCUGGAAAAUAAAUAAUGUUGAACAUCUGACAGAGGUGGGUUUUAUAUGUGUAUUGGAAGAUGUAUCAUGUUUUACCUUCAGCACAUGCAUGGGCAAUUCAGAAAAACAUUGCAAAAGUACGUAACAAUUGUGAAAACAGUCAGUGAGGAUGAUAAUUUGUGAAUUUACAUAUGUGCUUAUGUAUAUGGGUACAAAUAUUACGUUCAGGCUAUCUGAAUCAUAUUGAAAGAGUAGGCGGUUUUAUACUUCUGUUCAUGAUGGGAUGAUUACAUUCCAACCAAAUGUUACCUUUACCAUAGAAACAGAAAACAAAAGUGAAAUGCCAAUUAUUUUUAAUAGUAGGAGGGAAAUUCUGAUCGGAAAUUGAAUAGUGAGUGAGCCAUUUGUCCAUAUAUAAGUGCAAAUGUUCAUUUGUUUUGAAGAAAAGAAGCAAUGAUGUAGUACAAGCAUUUUGUAGAUAUUCCCUCACCAGAGUCCUGGUUUGUAUAGAAAUACAACAAGCACUCCCCAAAGCAGGGAGAGGUGAACAUUGUGAAACAAAAUAAAACUAACCAUUAGUUCAAA